UAUUUCUAUUUUCAUAAUAUACAUGAGGUGAGAUAAUAAUUCCACCUCUGAAUAAGUCUGACGCGUGAACCUCUUUGGCGUGGCGCGUCCCUCAUUAACGAAACGCUUUUUUUGUCCCCAAUCGCUUCACGUACUGUAGGGUGUAGCAACGUGCAAACUUCACAACAGAUAACAGACCUCGGCCACUGCGUGAUCAUCAUUAUCUGAAGUUAUAAUAAUACAUUUUCCGGACAGAAUUUUCACAACUACAGGCAUCUAUAAUGGCCCAGACCGACAUGGAUUCCGGGGAGGAUGGAGGCGGCGGCGGGGAGCCCGAGGUGAUCGCUAAAGCCAGUGUCUUGGGAGGUUUUACCGAGAGCACUGAGAUUCGAGCCCUGAUCUCCAGCCUACCAGUGGUUCACGAGAGCAUCGUGACACUGGAGUCAGCCAUAGAGAGGUUCCUCGUGAUAAUGGACCGUUAUCAGGAGCAGCCCCAUCUUCUGGAUCCACAUCUGGAGUGGAUGUUGAACCUGCUGUUGGAGCUCAUCAGGAGUGAACAGUCUCCUCCUCUACUGGUACACCUGGGCUUCAAAUUCCUCUACAUCAUCUCCAAGGUGAGAGGGUAUAAGAUCUUCAUGCAGCUCUUCCCCCAUGAGGUGGCUGACGUCCAGCCAGUCCUGGACCUCCUGUGUCGACAGGACCCCAGAGACCCAGAGACCUGGGAGACCCGCUACAUGCUGCUGCUGUGGCUGUCUAUGACCUGUCUGAUACCCUUUGACCUCUCUCGUCUUGAUGGUCACCUGACCUCUGACCCCAGCCAGACAAGAGAGCCAAUCAUGGACCGCAUCCUGGCGGUCGCCAAGUCCUACCUGAUGGUCACUGAUAAGUCCAGGGAUGCUGCAUCUGUGUUGGUAUCAAAGUUUGUGACACGUCCCGAUGUGAAGCUGAAGCGACUAGGAGACUUCCUGGACUGGAGUCUGACCACCAUCUCUCAGGCCAGUGACCAGACCAUGGGCGGUACUGUAAUCCUGGACGGGGCCCUGCAGUCUCUGGCCCAGCUAUUCAAGCAUGGCAAGAGAGAUGACUUUCUCCAGUACGCUCCGGUGGUGCUGCAGUGUCUGGACCAGUGUCACGUGGCAGAGAGCAGCCAGGCUAUGCUGAGGAAGCUGGGGGUCAAGCUGGUACAAAGACUGGGUCUGACCUUCCUCAAGCCUCGACUGGCCAAGUGGAGGUACCAGAGAGGGAGUCGCUCCCUGGCAGCCAACCUGUCUCUGUCCCAGUCUGGCUCCACAGUCAAGGCUGUUAGUCCAGACAUGGAGACCCAGAGCCAGGAGGAGGACUAUGAUAUCCCAGAGGAGGUGGAGAACGUCAUCGAGCAACUGUUGGGUGGGCUGAAAGACAAGGAGACCAUCGUGCGCUGGUCUGCUGCUAAGGGUAUUGGGAGGGUGACAGGGCGACUCCCCAGGGAGCUGGCUGACGAGGUGGUUGGAUCUGUGUUGGACUGUUUCAGUUUCCAGGAGACAGACAACGCGUGGCAUGGAGGCUGCUUGGCCCUGGCAGAGCUGGGGAGAAGAGGCCUGCUGGUGCCCUCUCGUCUCCCGGACGUGGUGCCUCUGAUCCUGAAGGCCUUGGUCUAUGAUGAAAAGAGAGGAGCGUGUAGCGUUGGUUCUAAUGUACGAGAUGCAGCCUGCUACGUCUGCUGGGCCUUUGCCAGGGCCUACGAACCCACCGAGCUGAAGCCCUUCGUCACGCAAAUCGCCUGUGCUCUGGUGAUCACUGCUGUGUUCGACCGAAACGUCAACUGUCGUAGAGCUGCAUCAGCUGCCUUCCAGGAGAAUGUGGGAAGACAGGGCACGUUCCCCUACGGUAUCGACAUCGUAGUAGCAGCGGACUACUUUGCUGUUGGGAACCUGAACAACUGUUACCUGUCCAUCAGUGUUUACAUCGCCAGUUUCCCAGAAUACACCAGGCCCAUGAUCGACCACUUGGUAGCCAUGAAGAUCAACCACUGGGACGGGGUGAUUCGACAGCUAGCGACAAAGGCUUUGCAUAAUCUGACGCCUCAAGCACCUGAUUAUAUGUCCACAACAGUUAUGCCUCAGCUGCUGCCCAUAGCGCUGGGCAUUGAUCUCCACAGUCGCCAUGGCGCCAUUCUGGCAUCUGCCGAGAUCAGCCACGCCCUCUACAAGCUGGCCAAUCAGAACAACAGACCGGUGACAGAGCUCAUCUCUUCAGACUGUGUGGAUGGACUCAAGAGCAUUCACCAGAGGCUGUUUGACCGAAAGCAGUACAGGGGUUUUGGUGGUGAGCUGAUGAGGCCUGCAGUCUGCUCUCUCAUUGAGAACAUGUCCGUCUCCAAGAUGCCGUUUAAGGACGACCCCGUCAUCACUGGCUGGCAGUGGCUGAUAGACGACACCUUGAAGAGCCUCCACCUCAUCUCACCUGGACCGAGGGACGGUAUCAAGGAGGCAGCGGUGUCAGCCCUGGCAGCUCUGUGUGAGCAGUACUACCAGCCCCAGCCAGGCAUGGCUGACCCCCAGAUGCAGGAGGUCCUGGUGUCCCAGUAUAUAGCAGGGUUAAAGAGUACAGAGGUAUUGACCCGAUGUGGCAGUGCACUGGCCCUGGGUUCUCUACCAAGGUUCAUGAUCCAUGGAAAACUACACCAGAUCCUGUCAGGUCUUCAGCAGAGCUGUAGUCAGAGGGAGGUGUGUUUCACAGAGGCCAGGAGAGAUGCUGCCAAGGCCAUGGCACAGGUGUGUGUGACAGCGGGGGUAUCAGCCCAGGGUGGUUCUGAUUCUGUGGUGUGUGAGGGGAAUGUGUCGGCUGUCUACAGAGCUCUGUUGGACUGUAUGACUGACUACACACUGGACAGCAGAGGAGACGUAGGAGCCUGGGUGAGAGAGGCAGCCAUGACCAGCCUGAUGGAGGUGACUCUGUGUGUUUAAUGUGUUCAUCUCUCCAGGGUGAGAGAGGCAGCCAUGACCAGCCUGAUGGAGGUGACUCUGUGUGUUUAAUGUGUUCAUCUCUCCAGGGUGAGAGAGGCAGCCAUGACCAGCCUGAUAGAGGUGACUCUGUGUGUUUAAUGUGUUCAUCUCUCUCCUCCAUCUCUCCAGGGUGAGAGAGGCAGCCAUGACCAGCCUGAUGGAGGUGACUCUUUGUGUUUAAUGUGUUCAUCUCUCUCCUCCAUCUCUCCAGGGUGAGAGAGGCAGCCAUGACCAGCCUGAUAGAGGUGACUCUGUGUGUUUAAUGUGUUCAUCUCUCUCCUCCAUCUCUCCAGGGUGAGAGAGGCAGCCAUGACCAGCCUGAUGGAGGUGACUCUGUGUGUUUAAUGUGUUCAUCUCUCCAGGGUGAGAGAG